AUGAGUAUUAAUGCUCCUAAGCUAAGGUCAUUUGUCUUUCGUGGCGAUAUACAAUUGAUAUAUGUUGAAAAUGUUCAUGUUCUUUCCGAUGUUCUGUAUGCGCCUAGAGAAUUGGUGCUAGAGGAUGAAGAUAAUUUUGUCAGUAUUUUUUCGUCUAUUCCUUCUCUUGAGGGUUUCAGCUGGAAUCUUUUUGAGUCGAUAAUGGAUCUACUGAAGUUAUACCAGCAAGGCUUCCAUCAGCUCUUAACUGAGGUUGUUGAUGAGAUUCUUGCAAGCUUUUUGGAUAUCACAUUUAAUCAUCUGAGGACACUUAAGUUUUAUGAUGUACUAUUACAAGAGGGUGAAAUGCAGCUUAUCAAGGUUUUAUUGGCAAAGUCUCCAGUACUGGUGAAAAUGGUAAUCAAGCCUUGUCAAAUGGAAUCUAACGAAUCUCUCAAUGUAUUCAUGGAGAAAACAAAGUCUCAACGGGCAUCAUAUAAAGAAGAAGUUGUGUAUCUUGUUGAUUAG